AUGGCCGCAGACCGUUUAAGCUCCAUCCUGAGCCACCUCAAGGGCUCCGGAAGUGGACUCAACGCUAUUACCCAGAAGAACCCCGACGAUGUUGUUAUCACACUUUCUCUGCGCACACCUUUGACUAAGGCUCGCAAGGGUGGAUUCAAGGACACCGAGUUGGACUACAUGGUAUAUGCGCUGCUGAAGGAGACUCUCUCCAGGUCGAAGAUUGACCCCGCCCUGAUUGAGGAUGUGUGCCUUGGUAAUGUCAAUGAGGCCAAGGCCGCCUAUAUGGUCCGCGCUGCGUCGCUGGCUGCUGGAAUUCCUUACACCGCCGGUGCCUCAUCAGUGAACCGAUUCUGCUCGUCUGGUCUCAAGGCUGUGCAGGAUAUUGCCAACCAGAUCUCCAUGGGGUCUAUCGAGAUCGGUAUCGCCAUGGGUGCUGAGCUCAUGUCCGGCCCUGGUGACCGUCUCGACCAGCCCUUCAACGAGGAGGUCCUCCGUAACCAGGAGGCUGCCGACUGCAUGCAGCCCAUGGGUCAGACCUCGGAGAAUGUUGGCAAGGACUUUGGUAUCACCCGUGAGCAGCAGGACCGAUACGCCGCGGAGUCGUUCCGCCGUGCCGAGGCUGCUCAGAAGGCCGGUUGGUUCGAUGAUGAGAUCGCCCCUAUCACCACCAAGGUCAAGGACCCCAAGACCGGUGAGGUGCACCAGGUCACUCUGACUCGGGAUGACGGUAUUCGUCCCGGAACCACCUUUGAGUCUCUGUCGAAGAUUCGCCCUGCCUUCCCUCAAUUCGGUGAUCGGUCCACCGGUGGAAACUCCAGCCAGGUUACCGACGGUGCCGCUGCUGUUCUCUUGAUGAAGCGCUCCAAGGCCAUUGAGCUCAACCAGCCCAUCCUGGCCAAGUUCUGCGGCGCCACCGUCGCCGGUGUGCCUCCCCGCGUGAUGGGUAUCGGCCCCACCGCUGCCAUCCCCAAGUUGCUCAGCAAGUUUAACCUUGACAAGAGCGACAUUGACAUCUUCGAGAUCAACGAGGCCUUUGCCUCGAUGGCUGUCUACUGUGUCCAGAACCUGGGCCUGGACCACGCCAAGGUCAACCCGCGCGGUGGUGCCAUCGCUCUGGGCCACCCGCUCGGAGCCACCGGUGCUCGUCAGAUCGCCACCGUGCUGAGUGAGGCUCGCCGGACGAAGAAGAAGGUUUUGGUGACCAGCAUGUGCAUUGGUACUGGCCAGGGUAUGGCUGGUUUGUUUGUCAACGAGCAGUUGUAA